AUGAAUGAGAAAGAACUGCUCCAUGGGCUGAACGACCGUUUCGCCGGAUUCAUAGAGAAGGUGCGUCAUUUGGAGCAUCAAAAUGAAUUGUUUGAGAGGGAAAUCGAGGAAAUCAAACUAAAAGCACAGUCCCCUGCGUCUCUGGCUCAGGAGCACGAGCCGGAGCUUAUGGACCUGAGGAACCUAGUUCAUGACAUCACCCUUCAGAAGCGUCAGAUCGAGAUAGAGCAUCAGAACCUGGAGGAAGAUUUCCUCACCUUGAGAGACAAGUAUGAGCAGGAGGCACGUGACCGCUCGAACGCAGAGAACGGCAUCCUUGUGCUGAAAAAGGACGCCAACGAUGCAUACCUCGCCAAACUUCAGUUGGACAAGAAAGCGCAGUCUUUGGUGGACGAGAUCCACUUCCUGAAGAACAACCAUGAGGACGAGAUAUCAGAAAUGGUGGCCCAGAUCCAAGAGGCUCAAGUAACGGUCAAGGCGCACGACUUUGGCAAACCUGACAUCACAGAGGCUCUCCGGGACAUCCGUGUGCAUUUAGAAGGUCACGCCACCUCCGACUUUCAGCAGGCCGAGGAGGGCUUCCGUAUCCAGUUCACAAAGUUAACCAAAGCGGCAGAAAGCAACAGAGAGGCGUUGAAGGCAACCCAACAGGAGAUCCAGGAGAAUAGAAGGCACCUGCAGGGGAAAACAAUUGAACUGGACUGUGGGAAAGGAAUGAGAGAGGCCCUGGAAAAACAACUACACGAGCUGGAGAAGCGUCACUAUGCGGAAAUGAUUCAUUACCAGGACACUAUCAGGCAGCUGGAGAAUGAGCUGACCAAUGCUAAACUAGACAUGUCUGGCUACCUGAGAGAGAACCAGGACCUGCUGAAUGUCAAAAUGGCUUUGGAUGUGGAUAUUCUCUCUUACAGGAAACUCCUGGAGGGUGAGGAGUCCCAUCUGUACACCAUCUCUGACACCCACAUCUCCAUGCCCUGCAUCUACCGCCAGUCCCCCAUCUACACCCUGCCUUGCCUGGCCCGGCAGGGAGGGCCCACACGCAGGCCUGAGCCCCAGUACAAGUUUGUUGAGGAGAUCAUCUCUGAGACCACUAGAGACAUGGAGAUGUCCGAGAUCGAGGAGACAGGCUCCGAGGAGACGGUCGGGGGAGAGGGAGACGAGUUGAGACAGAAGCAGGGAGAAGAGAGUGACAAAGCUGAGAGGAGGAGUGGGGAAGAGGAGGAUGAGGACAAAGAGAAAGCUAGAGGUAAAGUGGAUGUUGAAGUGGAUGCCCCGGAGGAAGAGGGUGAACAGGAGGAAGAGUCUAAGAGACAGCAGAUGGUAACAUCAGCAGAGGUCGAGGUAAAUGGAGAAAAUGGAGAGGAGGGAGAUGAUGAAAGAGAGGAGGAAAAGGGGGGUGAGCCAGAUGCAAUCAAAAAGACAGAGGACAUUGACAGAGGUGAAAAUAUACAAAGUGAAGUCAAAUCAGCUGAGGCCACCAGUGAGGGCGAGAAGGAAAAACUGGACACAACGGAGAAGCUAGACAGCGAGAUAAAUGAGACAUUAGAAAAAGGUGACAUCCCAAAGCAUGGUGAAUCCCAACCAGAGAUUCCCACGAAUGGUGACAUCUCAACAGAACCCAAAACGUCAGAGUCAGAGGAUAGCAAAACAGGAAGUUCAAUAAAGGGUGAACCACAGGGCUCCACAGAGGACAUCUCCAAAGAACCCAAAAAGGUGUCAGGGGAGAGAAAAAAAGAAAGCCCUUUAAAAGAGAAAAAAGAGGUAGAUCUGAAAGAGGAGAGUGCCCCAACAGAGCAACAACAAGACAGCCCAAAAGAAAGUCCCAUCAAAGAGGGAAAAAAGGUAGAUCUGACAGAGCAGAGUGCCCCAACACUGGAGCAGAAACCUGAUCAGAAGGAGCACAGUGAGUCAGACCAACCUCAAGAGGCAGAGAGUGCUCUGACAACACAAGAAGAGGAUCUCCCUGAGCCCACAGAGAAGAACAUGGAAUCCCCUGAUAACACUGCAGAGCUCAACAGCAGUUCAACCAAGGAGACAGUGAAGCAGGUGAAGUCACCUGAUGAUUCUGGUGUAAAAAUGACGCAAGAUGAGAGAACAGUAGGAGGUAAAAUGCCAGACAGAAUUCUCAGCACAACAAGUGAGUGUAAGGAAGAGCCUGUGCAAAAGACUCCUAAACAGGAGGUGGGUCCGACAGAGCAAAAAGUGAGCAGCAAGGAUGAUAGUGUAAAAAGUAUUGUGCAGAAUGAACAUAAUGGCAGUGAAAAGGUCACAAAAGAUGUCUCAAUGGGUGAGGAAAAGGGGAAAGAAUCUGAGACAUCCCCUAAACCCGACGCCACUGUCACUCCUAAAGAAGAAACAACCCUGCAACCAGAGCCAACUGUCACCCCUAAAGAGGAGACAUCCCCUAAACCGGAACCCACUGUCACCCCUAAAGACGAAACAUCCCUAAAACCGGAUCAAACUGUCAUCCCUAAAGAGGAGUCAUCCCCACAACAGGAGCCAACCGUAACCCCUAAAGAGGAGACAUCCCCUAAAUCGGACCCCACUGUCACCCCUAAAGAAGAAACAUCCCCUAAACCGGACGCCACUGUCGCCCCUAAAGAAGAAACAGCCCCGCAACCAGAGCCAACUGUCACCCUUAAAGAGGAGAUAUCCCCUAAACCGUACCCCACUGUCACCCCUAAAGAGGAGACAUCCCCACAACAGGAGCCAGUUGUCACACCUAAAGUAGAAAAUUCCCCAAAACCAGAACCAGCAGUCACCACUAUUGAAGAAACUUCCCCAAAACCAGAACUAGCAGUCACCCCUAAAGAAGACAUUUCCCCAAAACCAGAACCAGCAGUCACCCCUAAAGUAGAAAAUUCCCAAAAACCAGAACUAGCAGUCACCCCCAAAGUAGAAACUUCUCCAAAACCAGAACCAGAACCAUCAGUCACCCCUAAAGAAGAAACGUCCCCGAAACCAGAACCAGCAGUCACCACCAAAGAAGAAUCUUCCCCAGAACCAGCAGUCACCACUAAAGAGGAAACUUCCCCAAAACCAGAACCAGCAUUCACCCUUAAAUUAGAAACUUCCCCACCACCAGAACUAGCAGUCACCCCUAAAGUAGAAACUUCCCCAAAACCAGAACCAGCUGUCACCGUUAAAGAAGAAACUUCCCCAAAACCAGAACCAGCAGUCACCCCUAAAGAAGAAACUUCCCCAAAACCAGAUCCAGCAGUCACCCCCAAACAGGAAAUAUCCCCUAAAUCAGACUCAACCCUCACCCCAGAAUCAACAACCACCCCUAAACCAGACUCAACCCUCACCCCAGAAUCAACAACCACCCCUAAACCAGACUCAACCCUCACCCCAGAAACAACGACCACCCCUAAACCAUACUCAACCCUCACCCCAGAAUCAACAACCACCCCUAAACCAGACCCAACCAUCACCCCCAAACAGGAAAUAUCCCCUAAAUCAGACUCAACCCUCACCCCAGAAUCAACAACCACCCCUAAACCAGACUCAACCCUCACCCCAGAAUCAACAACCACCCCUAAACCAGACUCAACCCUCACCCCAGAAACAACGACCACCCCUACAGAAGAGAGUGAAAUGAUAGGCAGUGGUGACAAAGCUAAGACAAUCACACCACCAGAGGAACAGAUGCCUGCAGUUGCAGAGAGCAAGGACUCACACAGGGGGGUGCCAGAAAGCAACACAACUCAGGAGAAACCAGAGGAAAGUAUGGAUAAAGAGCCUGAGAAGGUUACAGAUCCCAAAGACAGAGAGCGUGAAUACCAAGGCUUCUGA